GAACAUUCUAAACGACGUCCUGACAAUUCCUAAAUUGUGUGGUUCUUCGAGAGCGAGGUGUGCCAUUAUAAGGGACGUCACACCGUAAAAACAGUUUGCUUCUCAAAGAAAAAUACAACCAGACUAGUUAAAAGAAACGUAGAAAUCAUAAACGUGGGAAUAUUCCAAGCGAUACACAUCGAGUGAAGACAGAAGUGAAAUGGAAGUUCUGGCCGUGGAAUUCCCGCUUUCCUGGCUGCUUUUCCUCGCCUCCCUCCUCCUCCUGUACAAAUAUUUCACUCGGACGUGGGGCACGUGGUCGAGGCAGGGGAUUCCCGAGCUAAAGCCUUGGAUUAUCGUCGGCAGUCGACCUACAGUCUACAAAGGUGUGGUGCAUCUGGAGGACUUGAAGUACCGCCGUCGCUUCGGUCAGACGUGGGGUGAAUACGAGGGCUGUCACCCGAUCCUCUUCACGACCGACCCCGACUUGGUCAAAGUGGUCACCGUUAAGGAGUUCUCCAACUUCGCCGACCGGCGAAAUUUCGAGGUCAAACAGGAAAUUUUCCGAAACAAUCUCGCCCUCUUACAGGGUGAGCAAUGGAAGGCAAUGCGAUCCCUGUUGGGGCCAGGAUUCACGGGGAGCAGAAUGAAGAAUGCGGUGGACACUUUCCUGGAAUCCGCCAAGACCUUGACGCAACUGCUGAAGCGAGACGGGAAAGAUGGGAAGAAAGGUCUUGAGAUUACCAGGUAUUUUUCCUGCUUCGGACUUGACGUGCUCGCCUCAUAUGGAUUUGGCGUGGAAGUUUCUUCCUUGGAGAAUACAGAAACUCCAUUUGUGAAGAAUGCACUCCGCCUCUUCACCUGUGCGGACCUCGGAAACCCCAUGAUCGUAUUCGCACUGGCAUUCCCAAAAAUAUUGAGUUUCUUGGACGUGUUCCCGCCAGAUGCGCAUGACUUCUUCGUCAAGACUAUCCAGGACAUCGUCAAGGCUCGGAAGGAUGGUCCGGAUUCCGGCUUGAGGAAGGAUUACGUCGACAUCAUCCUUCAGGCGAUCAAGCAGUCGGAGGAGAACAAGGAAUACAAGCGGAUGGGUAUAACGCAAAAGUUGCUGGAGGAGCAGCUCAUGCUAUUUUUCAUCGCCGGCUACGACACGAUGAAGACGUCUAUGAGUUUCACCUCCUACUACCUCGCCCUCCACCCGGACAUCCAAUCCCAAGUGAGAGAGGAGAUCCUGGAUGCCAUCAAGGAAACGGACGGAGAGGUCCGACACGGUACCUUAUCCAAGUUGCCCCUCAUGGAUGCAUGCAUCGCCGAGUCCUUUCGCCUCCAGCCCCCAGUUAAUCGCCUGGAAAGGGUCGCCAAGCGUGACUUUCACUACAAGAACAUAUUCAUCCCUAAGGGCACCGUGGUACAGAUCCCUACGUACACCCUUCAUCGGGAACCAGAAGAAUUCCCGGACCCCGAAGUGUGGAAACCCAAACGAUUUCUAGAGGGGAACCAAACGCAUAAUCCCUACGCAUAUAUUCCCUUUGGUAGCGGGCCACGCAUAUGCAUUGGAAUGAGACUAGCGCAGGAUAUCAUGCGAUUCGCCUUCGUUCACGUGCUGAAGGAGCUCGAGAUCGUAAGGACGCCGGAAACCCCAGAGAAGGUGGAAUACAUGGAAGGCUUGCACUUCGCCAUGCAACCGACGAACCUCGUCGUCGGCUUCCGAUCGCUCCACUGAUUCUCUGGAUUCACGAAUGGCCUCCUUCAGUCCAUUCAAACUCGUCAUCGGCCUCUUACGACAUGCUUCAUCCUGCCUCUUCUUCCUGCUUCUUACCUCUUCCGCCCUCUCUAUGGAGAUUUUCUCUACUUUAUGCACCACCCUAACCCUAAAAGUUCACCGAUUACAAGCAUUAUUCGUCAUGGGGUCUCCAGCUCGAUUCACACAAACACCUAUCGUGACUGAUGGAGAUAUUCAACGGCCAGAAUGCAACAUCGUCAAUCGUGAAGAAGGAGAGGACGAGAAGACCCCGAGGACCCGAACAUUUUCUCAUCCAUCGCACAAAAGCCUCUAUUAAAAUAAGUGAAAUAGGUAUAGUACAGUAUAUACCUGUAUAUAGGGUAACUGGGAGAUCUAUAGGUAGCGUUUCAUAUUCCCUGGCAUCACUUCUGUUGAGAGGGAUGCAGAUAAAUGUACGAGAAAACUACAUCAGUUGGCAAUCUGCAGUUGACAGUUGGCAAUACCCAAAUCAGUUGGCAAUCUUGCUCUUUUAAUGAUGCUUCUUCGGUCAGAAUAGUAUUUGUGUUCUUAGAUGUGUCUCAGUCCUGCUGAAA